AGGAUGCUGUUGCUGGUGACAAGGAUACUAUUCCCGGUGCCAUGGCACAGAGCGUCACUACGGUUCUCUAGCGGCCUUUGACCGGCAUGCCGAGCCUUGACGUCCCUGAAAUGGACAGCCUUGCAUAAGACGUGGUGAUUCGAUCCGGUCCCGCAGAAUUCCCCGCAUCACUCAAUUCACCUCUUGGAGUUUUCUGUGUGUCGUAUUUUCCACCACGCAACAAUCCCAAACAACACAAUGGCUGCCCAAGACCACCAAUUUGUUCUCGUCACCGGUGCAACCGGCUUCAUCGGUGCCCAUAUCGUCGACACUCUGCUCAACCGAGGCCUCAGAGUGCGGGGAGCAACCAGAUCACUCGCUAAAGGAGAUGCCAUGAUCAAAGCCCGGCCGCAGCAUGCCCGAAAUCUCGAGUUUGUUCAAAUAGAGGACUUCAACAACCCUGGGGGCCUGGUCGAGGCUGUCCAGGGAGUUGACGGCGUUAUUCAUACCGCGAGUCCUUUUACCUACGAUACGAAAAACAAUGAGAAAGAACUUAUCCUGCCAGCCAUCAAUGGAGUUCGUGCGAUCCUCGAAGCCGCUGCCACUAAUCCCAACAUCAAGCGCGUCGUCAUUACCUCGUCGUUUGCCUCCGUUCUCGACGUAAACCGCAAGGGUCCUCCCUACUUUACUUAUACUGGCUCUGACUGGAAUCCUCUCACCUACGAGGAGUCCGUGGACCCUGCUACGAGUGCCGUCAUUGCCUACCGCGGGUCGAAGAAGUUUGCGGAACUGGAGGCGUGGAACUUUGUCAAGCAGCACAAGCCGACUUUUGAUAUCGUGACACUCUGUCCACCUAUGACUUUUGGUCCAGUUGUUCACCCUGUGGCGAGUGUGGACAAGCUCAACGAGUCGAAUGCCAUGCUUUGGCGAAUUGCGACCGGAGCAAACCCCUUGCCAGUAUCUCGCGUGCCAUUUUGGAUUGACGUCAGAGAUCUUGCCGUUGCGCAUGUCGAGUCACUUCUCAGGAGCAAUUUGGGAGGCAACAGAUAUGUGCCAGCUUCCCCUGAGCGGUUCUCGUACGGGCUUGCGUCAAAGAUCAUGGCUGAGGAGUUUGCGGAUUUGCAAGAUACAGUGACACAAGAGGAUCAAUUCAUCGACGAGAGUCAUGGUCUAGAUGGGGAAACGGCUGCGAAGGAGCUCGGCUAUCAAUAUCAUCCCUUUAGAGAGACUGUUAGAGACCUAGUGGCACAGGCGAUUGCGAUGGAGGAAACGGCCACGGGACAAUAGAUCAGACAAUACUACAGCUCCCAAUUGAACCUUGAAGCAUCCAAG